UAGAAUUCUGUUUAAUACUUGAAGAAUAAGAUUUAGUUUAGAAUCUAGUUUUUCUUUUUUUUUGUCCUUUGCUGCGCAGAAGAUAAAACAUUUUUAGCCAUUAUUCGAGAGGAAAUUUCUUUGUGUUGUUCAAACGAAUAUUAAGCUAAUACUAUGGCUUUGCUUGUAUUUAUUUUUGUUUGGUGCAUGGUCAUAGGAAUUUGGUCAUGCAUGACCGCAAACUAUCUGUUAUCUCACAGGAAUCAGCAGUGUUCAAAUGGAUCCAGCAGAAUACCAGCGUCAGGUAUUCUACCUGACACAUGCUGAGUUGGACUCCCAUUCGGUGCAAACGUCUAUGGCGGACGGUAAAACUAUUUGCUGCAGAAGCUAUGAAACAGGGCGGAGUCAUCACUUGUAUAUUUGGAAAGAGGGUGUACUAUCUUAUAACCGACCCUGAAGACGCUCUCACAGCCGCAAACGCAUGCCUUCAGAAACACUUCGCUUACGAUUAUGCCAAACCCUGGCUCGGAGAGGGAUUAAUAACAUCCUCAGGUGAGGUAUGGAAGCGUCAUCGAAAAUUGCUGACUCCUUCAUUCAGUCUGCCUGUAAUGUUAAGCUUUCUAGAGGUAUUCAACAGCCAGUCCCGAAAAUUGGUGGACAAAAUAAAAGUUGAAAUUGGAAAAGGACCCUUUGAUCAUAUCGAGUACCUGAGAAACAAUGCCUUGGAGACAUUUUGCUUAACUGCCUUUGGUAUAACUGGUUUCGAAGACAAGCAUUUCAUCCAGAAAUAUAUGAAAGCUGUUGAUGAGAUUCUGAGUAUCGUGACGCAGAGGUUCCAAAAGUUUUGGCUGCAAAGUGACCUGGUAUUUAUGUUGCUCGGUCAUAAGAGGCGUCAUGAUAAGUUUGUGAAAAUUGUCAAUGAUAUGUCUAAUAUGGUAAUACAAAGAAAGAAAACAUUGCGUAACAAUGGCGAAUCUUAUACCUCAGACACAAAAUACAAGCCCUUCUUGGAUCUUCUUCUGGAGUUAUCAGAAGAUAACGCGUUAACUGACAAGGAGAUCAGAGAAGAGGUGGAUACUGCUAUCGUCACCGGUUUCGACACGUCAUCGAGUUUGCUUAGUUACAUCAUGAUACUGUUGGGCACACAUCCUGAAGUUCAGGAUAGGAUAUAUCAAGAAAUCAAAGAAAUCUUCACGACGGAUCGAGACGUGGAGAAGGAAGAUCUUCAGAAGCUAGUUUACACAGAGGCAGUUAUCAAGGAGGGGCUGAGAAUCUUCACUACAGGACCUGUGACUUUGAGGAGUGUGGACAAAGACGUCAGACUUAAAAACUAUACGAUGCGGGCCGGGAGUGAGUGCGUGAUUCUUCUAUUUGGGGCCCACCGAGACCCCGUGUGGGGGAAGGAUGCUGACAAGUUUAGGCCAGAGAGAUGGCUGGACCCCAGUAUGCCAGCAAACCCUAGUGCUUUUGUUGGCUUCAGCUUGGGAAAACGAUCCUGCUUAGGUAAAACCUACGCCAUGAUAUCAAUGAAAGCAACGUUAGUACAUUUCCUGAGGAGAUACAAAGUGACAGCUGAUGACAGCAAUCUCAAACUAAGAUUUGACUUCUUACUAAAACCCGUAUCGGGUUAUGAAAUUACUUUAGAAGAACGAGUUUGAAAUUGAUUUAAUUGAAAACACUGGCUUUUAUUAAAGGAGCCACUCCGAGCGCCCAUAUAAAAAUUUGCCUUCCUCAAUAAGUCAGCUAUCUAACACUGAAAUAAUUUUUAAAUCGUUCGAGUAGGUAGUUCCUAAGAUUAGCGCUUUCGAGAAAAUACCAAACGCUUCAGUUGCGUAAAAUUAAGUUUAGACUAGUUUAGCUCUCUAAUUUAAUUAUGUUAAUUAUUUUAAUAAAAUAUGUAUUAGGUAUCGAAAUGUUAUGUAUGGUAGAAUGUCUGGCUUAUUUGUUUUUCUGUGAUUUAAAGAUGACCUUUGCGGUAAAAAUAUAAAUUUUGUUAUGACGCACGACAUUUACAUAGGGUUGCAUAAUUUAAAGUAUAACGAUAAUCGAACUAUUUUCAGUUGUCCAAUGACUGAUUUGACCAAUAGGCGGCAAGUAUACGGCUGUAUGGUUUGGUUAUCUUUAUAGUUAAAAGGGGCAACUCGCCCUUAACUGGUCGAAUCGAGUAAUGUAUGUUCGUGCAAAAAGAUGUUGCCAUUUUGCAGACUUUUAGAAAAAAUUGCACGCAUUUCUUUACAUACUUAUGUGAUACAAAUUGCUUGCGAACAUGCUAGAGCGAGUAAACCUAGAGCUAGAGUAGGUAAGUAACAUUCGGUGGGAUUUGACCUUUAUAUUGUUAGGACAUUUAAAGUUGGUAAAUUGGAAAGAAAGUACAAGGUAUCAAUAAAAAAUACCUAACUACACUUAAGUAAUUCGAAAACUUAAGUGAUAGGAUGUUUUAUGACAAUAUUUUCUUCGAUAACGAUUAGCUGUCAGAGGAAUUAAAUUAUUAAUUACCUAAAUUAAAUAGCUAUAAAAUGCAUACGACUGAUUUUAAUAGUAGAUAAAUAAAUUAUUUAAAUAUAAA